AUGGGCGUCUCAACAUGGGUCGGUGUGGCAUCUGUCGCUUUAGUUUGGGGAUACGAUAAUGGAGCCAAAAACUCCCGGAGACCACCAUUGGGCUGGUCGAGCUGGGUGGCCCUUGGACCUCAAUGGCAAACAUCUCACGCGGAAGCUCCGGUCUUCGAUUUUUGUGAUGAGACCAGCGCGAAGCUUUCAGUGGACGCUUUCCAUUCGGUCGGCCUUUAUGAUGCUGGUUAUCGACACUUUCAUUUGGACGACUGCUGGGCUGAUAAGGAGCGAAACGAGUCAGGGUUUUUGCAGGCCGAACGGGACCACUUUCCAAAUGGGAUGAAACCAAUAGUGGACUACGCUCACUCGAAAGGCCUUACUUUUGGCCUCUACACAUGUGCUGGCAACUACACAUGUGUGGGUGGUCGCCCUGGCUCACGAGGCCAUUUUCAAGAGGAUGCUGCUGUAUUUGCUGAAUGGGGGGUCGAUGUGGUGAAAAUGGACUGGUGUCAUACUGAAGGAAUGGAUCCAAAGGAGACCUACACGGAGUUCUCGAAGGCUGGCGCUCCCUACGCGUGGAAUGACAUGGAUAUGCUGGAAAGUGGGAACUACAGACAAGCGGCUCACGCGAAUGGGCGCACAGGAAACAUGACUGCCACAGAGUACCAGACGGAAUUCAGCAUGUGGGCCAUCCUUGCCUCCCCCUUGAUUGUCACCACCCCACUGCUAAACUGCUCCAAAACGGAUCAAAUUGCUGGGAACUUCACACCUGGGACAUGUGCAGCUUCUCUGACACCAUUGCAGAGAAGGAUUCUGUUGAAUACGGAAGUCAUCGCCAUCAAUCAAGACGAUACUCCGGCAGGUCGCUUGCUCCAGGAUGGUGACUGGAGCAUCUAUGGCCGAAAUCUCAGCGAUGGUUCUGUAGCUGUUGCAUUCUACAACCCCUCGGAGGAGAUCGCGCAGGUUAGCCUUGACUUGUCACUGCUUGGGUGGCAGACCGGAACUGUUGCAGCUGCGCGAGAUCUUUGGGCCAGAGCAGAUUUUCCAGCUAGCAAGGAUCGCUUCCCAGCCAGUGGUACGCUGCAGGUCGAGCCACAUGCGACCCUACUGUGCCGAAUCAAGAAGCAAGAGGUCCAGGAAGCAUUUGUUUGA